AUGGCAGGGGAUAGAAGAGGGGCCUACAUGGAUGCUAAAAGUGUAGACCACCUUCAAUAUGCCCUGUCAGCCAUGGACAACAUUGCAGCUGUGGCGCCUAGGCUCCCGGAAACACAACGUGUUAACGUCUUGAUGACGGGCAAUUGGAUCCAAAUCCUUUGGUGGCAAUACGCGCUUCGCCAUAUCCAAAUGUCCAGCCGCGGAGAAAGUGACGCUGCAUUCUCAAUAUUGGAACCUGCAUUGGUGGCCCAGAAGGCUAUGCGACUUUUCGCGUCUGUCUCCAGAGACUCAAUUACGACCCACGGGCGGGGGCUUUUACAGGAGCUCAAGGUAUUCCGUAUUACGGACGCACUGGUCGACCUGUUGGCCUGUAACAGAUACCUGCUUGAUUCCACUCGAGUCAAGGGCGGAAGCAUGAUGGUGGGUCCGAGGGAUGUGCUUUACGCGCUCCAAAACACACUGCAUCUCAUUGGAGGGCCGGAAUCUCCCCUGUUCAAGAGGCUUUUGAGGAUGAUGGCCGAGGUUGCGCUGCCUGUUCCUGACGUCCCAGAAAUUAGUUACCAAUAUCAUAAGAUCGAUGCAGGAAAUGACGGAGAACACAUCAAGGAUUAUAAAUAG